GGACAUGUAACUCUCCGGCUUAACUGAUGACGUAACAUAUUCUGCUUAAGUGUACUUAAAGUAAUAUUACGAAAGUAACUUUAACCGAAGACAAUGGCAGCAGCAAAUGGCGCAAAGAAAUUCCUUCAGCAAGUGAUGAAAAUCAUGAGCGAACGAGGAUUUGAUAGGAACCUUUCCAAAGUAAGACAAGUGUCCGUUGGUGGUGGGAAAUGUGUUGCCGAGAUGGUUGUGGAAGAGGAACAUCAGAAUCGUGGUGGAACGCUCCAUGGAGGCCUAACAGCAACACUGGUUGAUGUCAUUUCAACAAUGGCCUUAAUGACAACAGAACGAGCUGUGCCAGGUGUUUCAGUAGAUCUGAAUGUUUCUUAUAUUAGUGCUGCUAAAGAAGGAGAAACUAUUGUCAUUAGUGCUGACACACUCAAAGUUGGAAGAACUCUUGCAUUUCUCAAUGUUGAUAUCACAACUAAGGAGUCGAGUAAACUUAUUGCCAAGGGUAGCCACACAAAGUUUAUUGGUUGAUUUAACAUCGUGUGUUCUAACAAAAAUUGUAUAUAUUUUAUGUAUAAAGUAAGUGCAUAAUUUUUAAUUGAUAAAUUUAUAACUUACAUUGUACACAGUAGUGGCUGAUGUUGGUGCUGUAUCUGGAAUGUGUGAAUAAUAAUGGUCUUCCUUGCAUUUUAA